AGGGGGCGGGGGUCCGUAUAGAAGCGGCGCCACGUCCGCCGCCCCGCAGGUCGCAGCGCACCCAUGAUCCGCUCAGCUCCGCCGUGCGGGCCGAACCGGGCCGGCCAGCAGAACGGCCUGCGGGAUGAUGAGGAGGAUGAGGAAGGAGACCUGGAGGACGAGGUGGACGCGUCGCACCUGGAGAAGUUCAUGCGGGACCGGAGGAGAGCGCGGUCGCUGCCCACGUACCCCGCCGCGCUGCUGGACGGCGGCAGGAAGCGGGUCAAGUUCGCGGACUCGAUGGGUCUGAGCCUGGCCCGCAUCAAGCACUUCAGCGCCCAGGAGGACCCGCAGAUCCCGCCCAAGGUGCUGUCCCGGUACCAGAGCUUCCCCCUGCAGCAGCAGGACCCGCGGGGCGGGCCGGACCUGCCGCGGCUGCUGGCCUGCUUCCCCGAGCCGCGGGACGCGGAGCGGCGGGUUCGGGAGCUGCGGGUCUGCCUGGAGAGGCUGGCCGUGACCCGGUUCGAGCUGCGGGGCCAGGUGCGGGUCCUGCGGGGCUGCGCCGUCAGGGAGGUCGGGGUCCGGCUCACCUACAACGACUGGCUGUCCUACGUGGACGCGCAGGCGGUGCCGGUCACGGUGCCGGAGCAGCCCGGGUCGGAGUCGGUCCGGUUCGGCUUCACCGUGUUCAUCCCGCCCUUCAUGGACCCGGGCACCGCCGUGCACUUCGCCGUGUUCCUGCGCAGCGACGAGGGAGAGUUCUGGGACAACAACCAGGGCCAGAACUACUCGCUCCGGCACCGGAACCAGAACCAGCCGGGCCGCCCGGAUCCCGAGCCGGCCGGAGAGGCUUCUCCAUCCCUCUGAACGGAUCAGAACCAUCCGGAACCACUCUACCACGUCCAGCAGUGGACUCCAGGCAGGAUGCUGGACCUGCCGGGGAUCCAACCGGACCGGUUCUGAUCCAAAUGUUUGACUUUCAGGAUGAAAUAAAACCAGGAAACCUGAAGAAUCCCGGAACCAUUUAAGUCCAACAGGUCCUUUCCUCCAUCCAGACUUUGAUCUUUAUCGGCCAUAUUGAAAAUCCAAGAUGGACGAUCAUCGAUAAUCGAUCAUUUAAUUUGAUUUAUUUGGUUUCUGGAUCAGAAAACAUGUUUGGACAUUUUAUCUGUUUUUCAGGUUAAAUUUCGGCCGAUUCCUGAACAGAUGAACUUCUACCAUCAAGUUCCUCUGGACAUUUUAGUUUUGAAUUUAAUGAUCAAAGAUAGAUCAUAAUAAAUCUAAUCGAUUA